CGGAUGCACUAUAACAAUGACAGGAAUAUGUCGACAAUAUCCGCAAAAUCAAUCGGAAAACUUACCCGACGAUUUCCAGCUUCUAAAUAAAGAUUGGAGAAGGAAGGAUGGACAUUAACGACACUAGAGACUUUAUGUCGGACUUUUGUAACGGUUCAAGUAUUUGGAAUGCAUCUGAGUUGAUAGAUGGAUCGUUCCCAGAGUUCAGCGAGUGUUUCCAGCAGACACUGCUGGUAUGGAUACCCUGUGGGGUACUGCUGCUGGCGUUCCCCUUCUAUCUGUCGUACCUAUACAGGGAGUUUAACAAGCUCAUUGUCACCAAUCCCUGCUGCUGUUUCCAUAUCACAAAACUGCUGGUAAAUGUGCUGCUGACGUGUGUAGUACUGAUAGAGCUUAUCUAUCAGAUAAAAACCCAGGAGGACCCUCCACUGGCUGUCAUUAUAGCCUCCACCCUCAAAAUACUGGCUUUUAUGGUGUCAUGUCUGCUGACCCACAUAUUAAGGAUCAAAGGGGUCCACACAUCUGGUCUUCUCUUUGUUUUUUGGCUGCUGAUGGCCAUCGCUGGGAUUAUACCCACAUACACCAAACUUAUAAAUGAGGAGUACAACACGAAUCUGUUCACCUUUGUCCCAUUCUUCUGCUAUUACUUCCUCGUCCUACUUCAGCUUUUUCUUCACUGCUUUGCGGAGCACAAGUUAUUUAUACUGGACGAUGAAGAAAAGGAGCGAUGUCCGGAGGGGAGUGUGUCGAUCCUGAACCAGCUUUACUUCUGGUGGAUGAACGGAUUGGUAAUAAAAGCGUUUAAGAGUCCCCUAGAGCCCGAGGAUUUAUGGAGCCUUAAUCCAUGGGACAAAAGUCAAGUUCUCCACCCUAAGUUGGACAAGGCUUGGAAAAAGGAAGUUACCAAGAGUCUGCACUAUGAGGGUCUGACAUCUUCGUCAGGAUCCAGUAACAGUUCCAGUAGUCAAUUCAACAACCGCUCUUUCACCUCCACCAUCACAGAGAAAACGCCACUCCUGACAGAGGUGCCCACAGAAUCAGACAUUAAGGCUUCGGAGGUUAAAAACGGAAAAAAACCUGAUGUACCCAAAUAUAAACCUUCCCUAUUCAGAGCACUGCUGAAGACCUUUGGGCCGACAUAUUGCUGUGCUAUCUUGUUUAAAUCUGUGUCAGAUAUCCUGCAGUUUAUAAACCCCGUACUUUUACAAUUCAUCAUUAACUACGCCGACAAUCGUGACAGCCUCCCCCUAUGGAGGGGCUACGUCCCUGCACUCCUCAUGUUGUUUGUGGCCCUCAUCCAGUCUCUGUUCUACCACCAAAACUUCAAGAUUGGCAUGACUGUUGGCAUGAGGAUACGAAGUGCUCUGAUAUCAGCAAUCUACAAAAAGGAAAUGACAAUGAGCAAUGAGAUGCAUAAGAAUACGACUUUAGGAGAGACGGUGAACCUGAUGUCGGUGGACUGCCAACGUAUCCAGGACACAUUUAGCUACCUGUGGUCAUUGGUUACGGUGCCCCUCCAAACAGCCAUUGGAAUCUACCUGUUGUGGACCUAUGUAGAGCUGGGCCCCUCCUGUCUGGCAGGGCUGGCUGUUCUCAUGCUUAUGGUACCUCUCAACUCAUUUGUGGCCAUUCAACAGAGGAAACUUCAGGGCCUUGUCCUAAUGUAUAAGGGCAAGCGUAUCAAACUGUUCAGUGAGAUUCUCAAUGGUAUAAAGGUACUAAAGAUGUAUGCAUGGGAGCCAUCAUUUACCAAGCAAGUGUUAGAAAUACGACAACAGGAGCUGAAGAGGUUGAAACACAUUGCCUACCUUCAAGGCUUCACAACAUUCUGCUUCCUCCUCGCUCCAUUUGUGGUGAUGCUGGCGACCUUUGCGACCUAUGUGGUGACCUCAGAAACCCACAGUUUGAGGUCCGAUCAAGCUUUUGUAGCCUUGGCUCUGUUUAACAUCCUAAGGGUACCAGUCAACCUGUUGUCUCAACUCAUCUCCUACGGGGUCCAGGCAAUGGUUUCCAUCAACAGAAUCAGGAAUUACCUCAGUGGAACUGACCUUGACCCCAACAAUGUGCAUUUUACAGACAGUAAUGACUAUGCUGUGGAAGUGAAUCACGGUACAUUUAUAUGGGACAGAGAUAUGCCACAGCCUACACUUAAGGAUAUCAACUUCCACAUCCCCGACGGACAUUUGGUGGCCGUGGUGGGACAGGUAGGGGCCGGAAAGUCCUCCCUCAUAUCCUCCUUACUGGGGGACCUCACCAGGCACCAAGGCAAUGUCACAGUCAAGGGUAAGGUAGCCUAUGUACCCCAAGAAGCAUGGAUUCAGAACGCCACACUGAUGGACAACAUCCUGUUUGGUAAGCAACUGCUGGCGAAAAAGUAUAAGAAGGUAAUAGAAGCAUGUGGCCUGGGACCUGACCUGGAGAUGUUACCUGGUGGCGAUCAGAUAGAGAUCGGGGAAAAGGGUAUCAACAUCAGUGGAGGACAGAAACAGCGGAUCAGUCUAGGGAGAGCUGUGUACAGUAACUCUAAUGUCUACCUCAUGGAUGAUCCUCUCAGUGCAGUCGACGCCCACGUCGGCAAACAUAUCUUCACCAAAGUAAUAGGACCAAAGGGUCUACUCAAAAACAAGACAAGGAUUUUGGUGACUCAUGGUAUCCAAUGGCUACCAAUGGUGGACAAUAUUUUGGUGAUGACGAACGGCAGGAUCUCAGAAUUUGGGUCGUACGAAGAUCUGAUCUCUCAUGAUGGACCUUUCGCACAGUUCCUCAAAGAGUUCUUCUUAGAAGAUGAGGAGGAAGAUGCACAAGUUGAUCCUGAGUUGAGAGCCAUCAAGGACAAGAUAUUUGAGCAGGUAGAGGCCGUGACCUCUGAAGGGCUGACCUCUGAUGACCAGCGCAGCCUUCCUCUUAAUCUCAGACGUGCCAGUGUAAGUCGCAGAGGAAGUCGUCUUGUCAAAAGGAAGGAAAGUGUUCGCAAACCCCCUGUGGAUACAAAGCAACAACUAAUCCAACAGGAGACAGCUAAAGUGGGCGGGGUGAAGAUAGAAGUGUUCAAGUCAUACUUUGGAGCCGCUGGAUGGUGGUCAGUAGCUGUAAUCUUGGUCUUGUUCGCCGGGUUCCAUACCACCAGUAUAUACUCCAACUUCUGGCUGACCUUCUGGACGGAGGACAGGCUUCUCCUCAACAUCUCAUUGAUGGACACACUGGAGUACCGAGACAGGUCCUACGAUUAUCUCCUUGUGUAUGGUCUCUUAGGGGUUAUACAAGCUGUACUGGUUUUAAUCUAUGGGCUCAUGCUGGCUGUGAGAAUGGUGAUAGCUGCAGGCAAACUCCACGAGAAGAUGCUGUAUACUAUCAUGCGCUGCCCAAUGGCCUUUUUUGACACAACACCAAUUGGUAGGAUCAUCAACCGUUUCUCAAGUGAUGUGGAUAUCAUGGACAACAACCUGCCAAUCACCUGUCGUAUCUCACUCAACACAUUCUUCCUGUCACUCAGCACCGUGAUCGUCAUCAGCGUCAAUACUCCUCUUUUUCUCCUCAUUAUCAUACCUGUGGCUGUUCUGUAUUUCAUCAUCCUGAAAUUCUACAUCCCCACAUCACGACAGCUGAAGCGGCUGGAAUCCAUGACGCGGUCGCCUGUCUAUAAUCACUUUAGUGAGAGUGUUUCUGGUGCGAGUGUGAUCCGAGCCUACCGAGCUCAGGACCGCUUCAUCAAGGAGUCUAUGGACCGGGUCGACAAUAAUCUUGUCUUCUACUACGGGUACUUUGUAUCCUCCAGAUGGCUCGGAGUACGGCUAGAGUUCUUGGGAAAUUUCUUGAUUCUGGCUGCCACUCUAUUUGGUGUGUUCACACCUGGACAGUCAGGAGCGAUUGUGGGUCUGUCCAUAUCCUAUGCUUUACAGGCAACAAGCGUGCUGAAUGUUUUGGUGGUGAAUAUCAGUGACCUACAGAGUAAUACGGUGUCGGUGGAAAGGAUCAAGGAGUACUCCGAGGUGCAAGCAGAGGCAGAAUGGUAUGGCAAGAAUCCACCACACCCUGAAUGGCCAAGACAAGGGGAGAUAAUAUUCCAGAACUACAAGACCAGGUACCGACCUGACCUUGACCUGGUUCUCAAGGGCAUCACAAUUCACAUUCACCAUGGAGAGAAGAUUGGCAUUGUCGGAAGGACAGGGGCAGGUAAAUCCUCCCUGACACUUUCACUGUUUCGUCUGAUAGAGGGCACUGAGGGAAACAUCAUUAUCGACGGUGUCAGGAUUGCAGACAUAGGCUUGCACAACCUAAGGGAAAAACUCACUAUUCUCCCACAGGACCCUGUUCUGUUUUCUGGGACAUUGCGAAUGAACCUUGACCCUUUUGACAAGUACAAGGAUGAUCAACUAUGGAAUGCAUUACAGCAGGCUCAUUUGAGUGAGUUUGUCAAGACGUUACCAGGGUUACUGAGCUACCAGUGUGGAGAAGGGGGCCAUAACUUCAGUGUAGGGCAGCGACAGUUGGUGUGCUUGGCACGGACAUUACUCAAGAAGACAAAUGUUCUGAUCCUGGACGAGGCGACCGCGGCAGUAGACAUGCAGACUGAUGCCCUCAUACAGGAGACAAUACACUCCGAGUUCCACGACUGUACAGUCCUGUCCAUCGCCCACCGUCUUAACACCGUUCUAGAUUACGAUAAAGUGUUGGUCUUGAGUAAUGGAGAUAUUGCAGAGUUUGACUCCCCAUCUGUCCUCCUGGGUAAUCACGACUCAAUCUUCUAUGGAAUGGCUGUUGAUGCUGGACUUGUCAGCGGCUUCCAAAAUGGUUGAAAAAUGGGUCUUGAAAUGAUUCAGAAAGCAGCAACUAUUUUAUCCUUACUCUCUAUCAACUUUAAUGAAGGUCAUUCAGGAGUAUUAUGAAACUUUAAGAAUUUCAUUUUUCUGUGUUGUUUUACAAAUCAAAAGAGAUUUAUUAAACUGUUUUAGAUUACUUGGAACUGUACUUGUAAGAGAAAAUAUGGCUACAUUACCACAGUCAGUGGUAUCUGUUACCAGUACUCUGCCUUUAAAACUAUAAUUGUAAAAUUGUGAACAGAUGACAAUCCUUCUAGAAGUUAAGCUUGAAAGCAUCAAGUUACAGUAUCUAUUAUAAAACUAAACAAACAUUGAACUUCAAAACAGUAGCACAAUGUACCACCCUAUGUUCUCCCAAACAUCCCAGUGACAUAGUCCAAAGAGGUUGAGUGGUGUGUUGAACAGGUUAAGUGAGUGCAAUGCUAAGUAACAGGAGGAGACCACCAGUUCUUGUACAAGACAAUGUCAGUAUGUAUCUGUAUACUAAAAGUGCUUGUAAGACAUUGUUAUUUUUUCAUUUACCC